GAAACCGCUGCCCAUGGCUUCGUCGGUUCGUCGUCAUUCGUCUACGAUGUCCUCCUCUUCGCGUAGCGCCAACACGACCAAGUGGCCUCGCCAGUGGCGUGCCCAUCAGCCGCUGAUCACGAUGCUCUGCGGCAAUCCGGUCGCGCUUCCCGCACUCGACGGCAUCACCGGCACGGCAGAUCAGUGGGAGCGCGUCAGCCAAGGCGUCACCAUUUCGCACAACGGCCAGCAGAAGCCCCUCAUGCAAGGCGGCAAGAUGCUCCACCCUCCGUCGAUGUGGAGCUACACGGAGGCCCACCCCUUCAGGAUGCCGCCUGUCGGCAAGCCUCUCGGCUGCUACUACACGAAGAUCAGCAUGAAGAAGGGCAAGGAGGACCCGCCAGUGGGUAUCGACGAGCCGGGCUCGGUGGAUAAGCCCGGCUACACACUCUCGGAGCACCACUACUGCUGCUGGGCUGGCUCGAGGAGACCAAGAACCUCACGACCGUCAUCAACUGGACGACAGGCGACAUCGGCUCGGGGACGGACGACCAGGGCCGCUUCGACUUCCGUGAGCCCAAGCAUCACCCCUCCUGGCCUUCCUACCUGAUGGUCAAGGAUCUGACGGCCGACGACGAUCCCGAGCAUCUUUCUUUGAACGGCGCCGUGUAUGGCCGACUGGAGUCGCCCACGGAGUGCCACAAUCCCCACCACAGCCGGCUGGUCCUGCUGACGAGCCAGGACCUGAAGUGGGGCGACCAGGACAGCGACGACUUCGUGGCCAUCGACCUCGGGUACUCCGAAGGCGAGGGCGUGGAGGCAUGGGUCAAGAUCUUCACCACCGAGUCGCGCCCCUGCGACAAGACCGCCGUGGCCGUCAAGAACGUGCUGGGGGCCGUGCUGGGCAAGCAGGUGUGGGGGGCCGAGUGAGGGAGAGGGGGUGCGGUCGGUAGCUACAGGCAGCAGCAUGGUGCUGUUUUCUGACUCAUUCUGUAGCUUUCCUUUCCCUCCCUCCCCAUAGUCAGCUGCAGCAUCUAUAGUAUGCACAAAUGUGUGUGUGUGUGUGUGUGUGCUUGAAUGGCAUGAAUAGCUUCGUAGGACACUGUUCGGGUGUGUGGGUGGGCAUGCCGAGGGGAUGGAGUGUGUUGUCUUGUUUUCUGAUUUACUCUGUAUGCACGCUCUCGCUCUCUCGGACAUUUUGCUCUCGUUUUCCCUCUUACUGCUGCUGCUGCGGUGCUUUUUCCUGCUGCGCCGUUGAGAAUUAGGCCCUUCUCUCCUCUCCCUGCCUCUCUUCCUUUCUGAACGACACAUGGGUGUGCGAAGGAUGAGGGAUAUAAGCGGCAGGUGUGUGAGGAUCUGACGGCUGGUGCAGACAGCGCGACGCACGUCAUUAGAUCCAUCCACCUGGCUGCCGCCUACGCUGGUCUUCGUGAGACGGGCUCGACUGUCUGUCUGUCUGUAUGGGUGCUUGCUAUGUGUUUGGUGUGAGCGCCGUGGGUGAGUGGGGAGUCUCUGUGUACAUGCUGCGGAAAGACAGACGUGUGCAUCCUGGUGUUUGUAGGUAUGGCCAGCGAGUGAGUGGACUGUGGGUUUAGAGAGAUGGGCAGCUGGCGUGUGUGUGAGGGUUUGACGACAUGCCGCUGGUGGCCGCAUGGCACCUCUCUGCAUGAGAGCGGGUCUCCGUCUGCUGCGGUGGCGUGACGGUGGCCGCCUGCUUGUCUGAUGAGU